UUAUUAUGGUCUUGAGAAGAAGAGAGUCUGAGUUUGCUACUUAGAGAUCCUUUGAAAUUGCUCACAAGACCUUGACCACGUUACCAUAUCCAGCUCUGAGUCCAAAACACCUGGAUGUCAUUCAUACAAGGUUAAUUCCCCCUCUCUGAGAACUCAUGUGGGUGGUUGAGAAGAUCCGUAUAUCGGUGGAAAAAACGAACCUGCUUCCUCCUUCGACAGAAUACAGCUUGAGAAUUGGUGACAUCAUGUUUGGAGACAAAACUGACAAAAGCAAGAAGAUCUCUCUGUGGCCAAACAUCAUCACCCCUGACACCAUCCCAGAGUUCUGCAUCCCUCCUAAGAUCCCAUCCCUGCCUGAGGCCAAGGCUGGGGAGCACAGCCGUCCCGCCCCCAUUAUCCGGGUGUCCCCCUGUGAGAGGGGAAGUCCCAGGAGACACGUUCCAGCACGUGAGCUCCUCAGUCCACACAUUAUCCAAGUAGAGAGUGUGGACGAGGGCCCCUAUGACAACAACUGCAGCGAUGAGGAGACUACCAACGCAGACCCCCAGAGCCAGGCGGCCCUCUCUCUGCCCCACAUGGUCAAAACCCAGACCUGCUAUGGCUUCUGCACUCUUCUGGAAAGCCCCCAUACCCGGAGGAAGGAGUCCCUGUUCCACAAUGACCCUGGAUCCUGUGGUGUUCCCCUGCUUCUGCCCAGGAGCAGAUCUAACACAUGUUCCAGACUGUCUCCCUCCACCUUCUCCUGUUCUUCCCCCUCUUCCUCCCCUUCAUCCUUUAGUCUGAACACUCUGACUGCAAGACUGUCUCCAAGAGGAUACACCCUAAACAGACAGGGCACCACUGACAGUGACACCACCUCUUCUGCUGAGUCUUCACCUUUCAGUUCCCCUCUACUACCCAGGUCUCUGCCCAAGUCUUCACUCUUCAAAACUCUGAGCCAUGAAAGGCUGCUAUCCCGGAACAUGAAGAAGGCCAUAGUGUCAAGGAACAACUCCCUAUCCACAGACGAGGGAAGCUCCACAGACAACAGCCCAAACGUCAUGAGAAGGGCAUCAGAGGGACUGGUGGAGGGCCUUCCCAGGAGCUUUGGCCUUGCACCCCCCAAGAUCCUCCCUAUGGACCUGGUGCUGCACAGGGACAGGAUGAUGAAGGAGAGCCUGGUGCCCAUUGGGAAAGAUGGAAUUAUGCGUCUCUCUGCUGAGUAUUGUCCUGAUAACCAACGACUACGGAUUCGGCUGAUCAGUGCCGAGGGCCUGUAUGCUCUCUGUGUGGAGCCAAAGAGUAUCAACUGCAGCAUCAGUCUCUCCCUGGUUCCUGGAAAGGUCCAGAAGCAGCGAAGCACGGUCAUUCGGAAGAGCCGCAACCCCAUCUUCAACGAGGACUUUUUCUUUGAUGCUAUUGCUGAAGAGGACCUCUGUCAAAGGUCGCUUCGCUUUAAAGUGGUCAACAAAAUGUCCACCAUGAAGAGAGACUAUGUCUUAGGGGACUGUGAACUUCCCCUCACUAGCAUUAUAACUUUAUAGGUUUGAUUAUCC